AUGUCUUGGGAUUUUUCUCUUGCUGGCAACCAAAUGUAUUGGACUUUUUCUCUUGUUGACAACCAAAUGUAUUGGGCUUUUUCUCUUGCUGGCAUGUAUUGCGAUUUUUCUCCUGCUGGCAACCAAAUGUAUUGGGAUUUUUCUCUUGUUGACUACCAAAUGUAUUUGGCUUUUUCUCUUGUUGACAACCAACUGUAUUGGGCUUUUUUUCUAGCUGGCAACCAAAUGUAUUUGGCUUUUUCUCUUGCUGGCAACCAAAUGUAUUUGGCUUUUUCUCCUGCUGGCAACCAAAUGUAUUGGGCUUUUUCUCCUGCUGGCAACCAAAUGUAUUGGGCUUUUUCUCUUGUUGACAACCAAAUGUAUUUGGUUUUUCUCUUGUUGACAACCAAAUGUAUUGGGCUUUUUCUCUUGCUGGCAACCAAAUGUAUUAGGCUUUUUCUCCUGCAGGCAACCAAAUGUAUUUGGCUUUUUCUCUUGUUGACAACCAAAUGUAUUGGGCUUUUUCUCUUGCGGGCAACCAAAUGUAUUUGGUUUUUCUCUUUUUGA